GCCACGCCCGGCCUGGGCUGUGCUGACAUCAGGGCUGGGUAGGGAAGGAUGGGGAGACAGCAGCUCCUAUAGCCGGAGACCUAGACACAGAUACACCGGGCACAGCCGCUCUCCGAGCCUCCUGCCCAGAUUUGACGGUCACUUCAGCCACUGAGGGGCCAAGGAACACCGGUCAGGAUGCCCCUGGGAGAUGAUGGGCCGAGCUGGAAGAACAGAGCAGAAGAUAUCAGAGAUAUUUAUGAGUUCCGAGAUGUGCUGGGAACUGGGGCAUUUUCUGAGGUGGUCUUAGCAGAGGAGAAGAAGACCCAGAAGCUGGUAGCAAUAAAAUGCAUCCCAAAAAAAGCUCUAGAGGGGAAGGAAACGAGCAUCGAAAAUGAGAUUGCUGUAUUGAGGAAGAUUAAACAUGCAAACAUCGUGUCUCUGGAAGAUAUAUAUGAAAACCGCAGUCACCUCUACCUUAUCAUGCAACUGGUGUCUGGGGGCGAGCUGUUUGACAGGAUUGUGGAGAAAGGCUUUUACACAGAGAAAGACGCCAGCCAGCUUAUCAAGCAGAUCCUGGAUGCUGUGAAGUAUCUUCACGAUAUGGGGAUUGUGCAUCGGGAUUUAAAGCCGGAGAACCUAUUGUACUACAGCCUGGACGAAGAUUCCAAAAUCAUGAUCAGCGAUUUUGGACUGUCCAAGAUUGAAGGCUCCGGGAGUGUGAUGUCAACCGCGUGUGGGACUCCUGGCUAUGUUGCUCCAGAAGUUUUGGCCCAGAAGCCAUACAGUAAAGCCGUGGACUGCUGGUCUAUUGGAGUUAUCGCCUACAUCCUACUCUGUGGUUACCCGCCAUUCUAUGACGAAAAUGAUGCCAAACUCUUUGAGCAGAUCCUGAAGGCAGAAUACGAGUUUGAUUCCCCGUACUGGGACGACAUUUGUGACUCAGCAAAAGAUUUCAUUCAGCAUUUGAUGGAGAAGGACCCUAGCAAACGAUACACGUGUGACCAAGCCCUGCAGCAUCCAUGGAUUGGCGGGGACACAGCACUGGAUAAGAAUAUUCAUGAAUCUGUCAGUGAGCAAAUCAGAAAAAACUUUGCCAAAAGCCGCUGGAAGCAAGCAUUCAAUGCCACAGCCGUGGUACGCCAUAUGCGCAAACUGCAAUUGGGAACCAGUCAAGAGGGGCCCGGACAGACCACUCCCACCAGCCCAUGCCAUGGUAACCUAUUGGUGCCUGGAGAUAACCAUGGCUCCCUUUCAGAGAAUUGUCAAGAACGUUGUUCUCAGAAGGCUCCGGAGAGCAACUCCCUGGGCUACAGCUCCCACCACUGUCCUCAAUCAAACCGGGUCUAAAGCUGUCAAUCGUGCAUCAAGGAUGCGGUGUCACUGAGAAUAAAGGCGGCCGCCACUCUGCGUAUUCAUCCGGGGCUGGCUGGCUGAGAAGGGCAGACCUUCAGCAAGGACAGGCCUUUCCUAGGAAACCGCGGGGGGUGGGAGUGGGAAGAGAGGGUACUGAAAGAGGGAAAAGCGGGCCUUUCUGUUUGCUUGUGUAUGUGAGUGCGUAUGUAUGACGGUGGCAGACGCAUGGGCCUCGAGAUGAGACAGACAUAUUUACGGAUAGUCAAAGGGCGUCUUUCUUGUACUAAUUUUGUAAAAUGUUGCCUGCACAUUAUAUGUAAGGGAGGGAGUGUUUAAUUUUUUUCUUUCUGUAUCGCGGUGAAGACUAUCGCUGUUGUGUUACUUGGCUUCCAGUGAAGACUUAUUUUUUGUUACCGGGAAGAAAGUGAGGUCAUGAAACGUCCUAAUGACUCCUAGCUGGUUCACGGAAAAUGCAGAGGAACACUAGGCAGAAGGGUAUAACCUUUUGCAGUUUGGGGACCAUGAAACCAAUCUAGAAUGACCUGGUUCUUCUGAACCUUUCCGGCAGAGGGAUCGACGUUGGUGAAAGUCUUACUCGUUCUUCCAGGCUGUGAGCGGAGACUCAGCUUUUUCAGACAUGUUUGCGGUGAUGGCGGCGGAAAACCAAUUUUACGGGUGUAGAAAUGAAGUCUUGACAACAUUCCACAAGAAACGCGCCCGCGUUCCUUGCAAGGCCUUCUGGGUAUUUCUACAUUUUUCUGAUGACUCUGUUUUGUGUUCAGUGGUGUAAAAAUGCAAACCGUACUACGUAUGGGAAUUUUGAACGUUUUAUAGUGACACAUCUGCUAGGCCAACCAGUGUUCGCCAGUAAACCCAAUACGGGUACAUGUGCUGGGUGAGGAAUUGGCUUCUGUGAAUGUAUUUCACUGUGGGUCGGUGUGAUCAACCUAUACUAUCCCCCCAGGUCCUAUAACACCAUUCUCAAACUUCUGCUGUUGGUAAACAAUACCGUCUGGUGCUAAUACAAUUCAGCUAGAUUAGCGUUGUAGACCCAUGACAUAGCCGAUGAUAAGUUCUUAACAGUGAACAGUGUUCGCAAUAUUUAAAAAAAUAAAUAAAAAAAAAUCAAGAUUUAUUCUAUUGUUCAAUAGGAAAAAAAUACACUAAGGAACUAUUUUUACUGUUUCUAAACGAUCUACUCCUAUGUAAUCAAAUUUGUAGCAAAAAAAAGUAACUCUCCACUGUGCCCUUAAUUAAAUAGUGUAUUGAUGUUAACCGAAUUAUCAGCAGAGACAUUUUAAAGUCUACCAUUGGACAUUUUGUUGCAGUUUUAUUUUAUUUUUAAGACAAAAAUAAAAUCAGUUUGAAUGUUUUAACAAUUGGGGUGGUGGGGGGGGCAUUGUUAUUAUAUUGGUGGAAAGUUGCACCAAAAAUAUCAAAUGACUGUAAGCUGAAAGGGGGUGGAAUAGGUGUGUGCGGGGAUCUGGAGAUGACACGUGAGGAAUGCAGGUUGCCCUAUGGGUAUAAGACGAAUCUGGACUAGGCUUUUAGGUCAGCCCUAGGCAGGUCAGCAAUUGCUCCUUGCAUACAGCUGCAGAAAAGCUUGUAUUUAUGUUAGGCUGUAAGCCAAGUAACUGUAAUUGUCGUGUGUCUCCCCCCCACCCCCCUCUUGUAACACACUACCACAGGGCACUCCAGCUGUCGUAGAACCAUAAAUCCCAGCAUGCCCUGCCACAAUUUUUGCUUUUAGAGUAUGCUAAACUGUAGCAAAGCAUGAUGGGGUAUGUAGUUCAUCAACAGCUGGAGUGUCGGAGGUUGCAUACCCCGCACUACCAUAUCCAACACCAGUAGGGAAUAUUGCCAAUAUCAAACUUUUCUCAUAAUGAGCAAUUACUUAUUCACUGAAUAAAUCAAUCUAGACAAUAUUCUGCUUCCAAUACCUAAAGUUCUAUGAAUGCAUGGAAACCUUUAAUUACUGACCUAUUGUUUAAUGUGUAUCUCAGCCAUAAUGCCUAUAUACCAUGUAUUACAAGUAAUUAAGGGCGAAAUUGAUCAAACCUUCUAAAGAAGGACGAUAAGAUAACUAAUCAAUUGCUAUAGGCAACUUCUCCACUUCAUCUCUCUUGAAUGUUUAAUACACCUCUCCUUAUAUGAGUUAUAUGUCGCUACACCAGUGUUUGAGGGACAUAGGAAAUGUUAGCUCUCUAUGCCAGCACCUGAUGGUCAGUGAGUAUACUAAUGAAGAGAUGUAUCAAUCCUUGGAGAGAGACAGUGGCGUAAGUUCAUCCCAGUUGCCCGGAGGCAAGAUAAAUAUUGGGGCCCCCCUCUAUUUCCUAUAUCAAGAUAAGUGUGUGUGUGUGUGUGUGUGUGUGUGUGUGUGUGUGUAGCAGCAGCAGGCACUUUACUGAUGGAGCUAUUUGCUCCUGUAGAGGAAACAUGAGAAUUAUAACUAUAUGAAGUUACGUGUAAUUGUCAGAGAAGUAUCUUCCUAUAGUUAAAAUUCUCAUAUUUCCUAUACAGGCGGAAACAGCUUCAUCAGUAAGGUGUCUGCUUCCAGUGUAAUAGGUUGUGGUUUCUAAUCCUGGGUGUGACACUUGUAAAAUGUGUAUAAUAAAGAGGGUGUGAUUUGUAAGGUGCAGGGACCAGUGAGGAAGUUGGCCACUGAAAAGAUAGCGGCAGCUAUCAAUUAACUUAAUUCACUGGUGUCACAGAAUGGGAGCAGAGGUGCCCCCCUUCAGAGCAGGAGCCCGGCGGCAGAUGACUCCGUUGCCUCCCAGAGUUCUGCCUCUGGAGAGAGAUAAAGUGCCAAUCAAUCAGCUUCUUGCUAUCUUUUUUUUUUUUUGCCUGUAAAAUGACAGAACUGUAUAUCUGUCCGCUUUCUCUCCAGUGCUUGAUGCAUCUCCCCCUAUAUUUCCAAAUGAUACAUAAAGUGUAUUUUAUUGUGGCUGCCCCUAGUCGGGAAUAUUUGUUGAAGUAAAAAUUAGAAUUGAUGGCAGAAGCAAUUAUUAUAAGGGGCAGGCUACAUUUAGCUAUUCAGCUGUUGUGGCACUACAUGUUGCAGCCUGCCCUGCCUGUUGGGAUUCCACGUCUGUUUUAGAGCUUGAUAUAUCUCCCCAAGUGGUAAGGACACUAGGAAUAAACAUGAAAGCUGGCGCACAGAAAAAAGCUGCUGUAACAGCAACAGACCAUGGCCCUCAUUCCGAGUUGAUCGGUAGCAGCCGUUGUUCGAUGCGUAGCGGUCAUUUGAAAAAAUGGCAAAACUAUGCAUGCGUAUGGGCCGCAAUGUGCACGCGCGGCGUACGGGUACAAACAGCAUCGUUGUUUUGCACUGCUUCUAGCGACGAUUCCAUUCGCACAGCCGAUCACAAGGAGAUUGACAGGAAGUGGGAGUUUAUGGGUGUCAACUCACCGUUUUCUGGGUGUGUUUGGAAAAACGCAGGCGUGUCCAGGCGUUUGCUGGGCGGGUAUCUGACAUCAAUUCCAGGACCUUUGUGGCAGCAAUCAUCGCACAGAAUAAGUAACUACAGGGCUGGUCUUGAUCUGUACGCGCUCGGCUGCACAGGCGUUUGCACUCUUGCAAAGCGAAAAUACACUCUCCCGUGGGCGGCGACUAUGGUUUGCACGGCUGCUAAAAGUAGCUAGCGAGCGAUCAACUCGGAAUGAGGUCCCUUGUUCAGGUUAGAAAAUUGAUAGAAAUGUCUACCUACUAGGUUACAGCAUCUUUUUCCCUUUGUGCCAGUUCUUAAAGCCCCCUGCCAUUGCUGCCAUUACCUUGGAAGAUUAGCGCCCUGGAUUUAUGCCGCUACAGUUGCAUCUCUUCCUAUUGCUCCUUAUCGACUUUCACUGUCAACAAACUAUAUGUAUUGCUGUCAUAACAAAUGUUUAAUAUUUAAGCUUGAUGAUGAGAUUUGGGGGAGAUGUAUCAAGCAUUAGAGAGAUAAAGUACCAACCAAUCAGCUCCUAACAGUCAUUUUUCAAACAGCCUGCACAGCGAUAUUUAGAAGCUGAUUGAUGCUUUAUCUCUCUCCAAGGUUUGUUACAUCUCCCCCUAAGUUUAAAUUCCCUGUAAAAUAGAAGAGAGUGGCAAUGUAGGUAUAGCACAGGCUGCAGCAAACAUUCUGUCCACACUUUAUUAUUUCUCAUCUACAAAGACAUGGCUAUUUGCCACCUGGAAUGCGAGUGCUGAGCUGUUGGUGUAUCAAUGCUGACCUGGAAACUUAUCUUAAACAACUCUUACCUAUUUCUAAAUCAUGCAUUUUCAUUUUAAAGCAUGUUUAAUGAGGAUUUUUAAAGAAACAAAAUAUAUUUAAAAAGUUUUAAAAAAGUUGUAUAUUUUAUUGCUUGUUUUUGUACUAACGCCAUUUGCUGCAAACCAGUCCAGCAGUGCUUUGUGUUGUAGGCCACUGCUGGCAGCAAAAAAAAGUUAAAAUGGAGUUUUCAUUGCUGAUACGGUUAGAACUUCUUUGUUCUUUGUAUAUGUACAUACAUGUAUAAAAUGAUGUUUUUCUGGA